AUGAAAUGUGAUUUCUACACGAUCACACUGUCAAUCAUCACGGGAGUGGUGGCAUCACCAAUUUCUGAUCUCAUUCAGCGAACAGUUGUAGAUGAAGACUCCAUACUAUCGAUACCAUCCCCAGCCAGUGCACUUGGAAUGCUGGACAUUAGCGAACAGAAGACGACUCCUUCGAGCGAUAGGAGGGACAAAGUCAGACUUGACUGCAGUGUACAAAGGAGGAAAAGCCUAAUUAAGAAGAAUAACGGGGACGUGGCGAUCUACGUUCCGACAUGUUCACCAACGGAUUCCGUAAAUUACCUUGCCGUGCAGUGCCUUGAGGUGCCGAAGUACUGCUGGUGUGUUCAUCCUGCAACCGGAGAACCGAUACCAGGGACUUCCGUGCUGGAGGCCAAACCGCAAUGCGCUGAAGAAGAACCGAAACCAAAAUCAAGGCAUGGCCGUAAAAAUCGGUGCUCGGGAAAGAGAAGGACGCGAUUUUUGCGGCGUUUACUAUCGGCAAUCAAAACUGAAAUGAUAAUGACUGGGAACAAUGUAGACGAAAACGUGAACCGUGAAACUGCCAUCAAAUGGAAGUUCGAUCAGCUUAAUGUUAACAAAAAUCAGUUGUUGGAACGAAACGAGUGGAAGCCGUACAAAAAUUCAAUAGUCCAGUGGAAGAAAGUGAAACAUUGCUCCAGGAACUUCUUCAAAACCUGUGACACGGACGGAAAUCGGAAACUGACUCUAGAUGAGAGUGGAAGAAAUGCUUUGAUCCUGUCGUGCAAAAGACGCCAACUCUUCGACCGGACCAGCUUAAUCCUUUCCUGUACAUUUUGA